GUGUGAACUGUGAAGUGUAUUGGUCACUGACCUAUCUUGGAAGAGUUUUGAAGUUUAAACCUUCAAACCCUUUUGCCUUUAGAUUCUGAGUCUGAGUCUCUGCUGCUAUAUAUGGCGCCACGCGUAUUUCUUGUGUUGGGGAUGUUGCUGAUGCUGUGCCUUGUUAAGGUUUCGUCUGAUCCAAAGAGAGAAGAAGAAAUACUGGAAGAAGAACUACAUUUUCCCGAUAACGAGCCACUUAUUGUGAGAGACGGGAACAUAAGGCUAAUGCAAGACAUAGAUUGUGGUGGGUUGUGCAAGACGAGGUGCAGUGCACAUUCGAGACCCAACUUGUGCACUAGGGCGUGUGGCACGUGCUGUGUGAGGUGUAAGUGUGUCCCACCUGGCACAUCUGGAAAUAGGGAACUAUGUGGAACUUGCUACACUGAUAUGACUACCCAUGGCAACAAGACCAAGUGCCCUUAGAGAAAAAACCCAUUGGGAAAUUUGUGCUUCAUUGAUUAUGCACCGAAGUUCAAGUGUACUAGUAUGUGGUGGUUCAAUUCUGUUUACUAUAGCGAUGUGUGUGCACUACUUUGGCUAUAUUAUUAGACUAAUAGUAUGUUUAUUUAAAAUGUGUAAGUUCUAGUUUGUGUCUGUAUUAUUUUCGGUGAUGGGUCAUGUAAACUUUUGUGCCUUUGUUUGCCUGAACAUAAAGAUAGUAGUACAUUACCUUUUUAUUUUCCA